AUGGGCAAGACGACCGUCCUGGAUGCGGCAUACAGCUUUCUGCCCGGCGUUGGGGGCGAGGCAAUGGACCGUAUGCUUGACGACGUCAGCGAUGUCCUCGACCCUACCAAGGGCGAGGCGGGUGCGCCCACCAACCUCGAACGGGUGAAGAAGGUCACGGGUGCGGAGUACCGUUCUGUGUUGAACUUCUUGGACACGAGGGUUCAAGGAUGGGAUCGACAGAUGGGAGGAAUGAAGCGAACUUUCUCCGCAGACGGCGUCAUGGGGUAA